AUGUUGAAUUCAUAUUUAGCUCUCUCAAUUGAAGCUUUUUUUUUUUGGGUCGGGGAAGGAGACGACGAGGUUAAGGUUCAGCAGCGAGAAUGUUUAAUGGAGAGGUUUUCAGGGUCAAGUGGGCAUAGCACUGGACUGGCCGGAGCUCCGAAAACGUCAUGGCCUGAAUUGGUAGGCCUGACAGCAGAAGAAGCAGAGAAAAAGGUCAAGGAAGAUUUUCCAAGGGCUGAGAUUCAGGUUGUUCCACCAAACCAUUUUGUUACUAUGGAUUACAGAACAAGUCGAGUCCGAAUACAUGUUGACUCCUCAGGAAAAGUUGAGAGGCCACCGAGAACUGGCUAGACUGUGUUACUUCCACUGAAAAUAAUCACUUCUGAUCAGUCCUUCCAGCAAUAAACCUUGUAGAACUUUUCCAUGUUAUAUUAAGAAUAUGCUGAUGAAUGCUUCUCUUCUUCAUUGUCUACCAUGGAAUGGAUUUGGUUUGGUCAUUAAUGAAUAUUGUGUAUGUACUACAUGUAACUUAAUGCAUAUGUUCAGUUGACAUAACAAC